CACACUGCACGUUCUUUGUUUUAUUGGCUAGACAAUAGUGCGAGAUUUUGGCAAGUCGACCCUUUGGUGGUUAAGUAUACUCGAAGCCAGUGCUCACAUGUCGUAACUAUGGAAACGUUUCGUCGUCAACAACGCCUCUCUUUGAACGGCUCCGUCUCCUGAUCAGGUUAGGAUUGUGUGUGUGCAUGUGUGAAAGUUAGCUUACCUCGGAAGGAGGUGGAGAACCUCUCGAAGAUGGGUGAAUGGUUCGCUCUCGUAGCGACUUGGUCAUUUGUUGGAAUUGCUGCUGGACAACCUCUUUUUAUAAAUAAGACCGAUAAGGAAAUUCUGGAUCACAUUUUGCAUCCAAGUCGAUAUGACAGGCGAAUGAGACCAGGAGAUACUCCCAUUGUAAAUAUCACCGUCCUUUUAUUAUCAUUGUUAUCACCGGGAGAAUCGAGUUUGACGUACGAAGUAGAAUUACUUUUGCAUCAGAAAUGGGUAGAUAGUAGAUUGAUGUUUGAUGACGAAGGUACACACAAGUAUUUGAAUGCUUUGAAACAUUUUAAUUAUACUUGGUUACCGGAUAUUUACUUCAUCAAACAUGGAGAAGCCAAACAACCCAUUGCUGCACCUUACAUAGCGCUUAGGAUUUAUUCCAACGGAACAGUUUACUACACAAUACGGCGCAAGAUGAUUCUCAAUUGUCAAGGAAAUCUUAAAAUAUUUCCUUUCGAUAAUCCAAAAUGCUCAUUCGCGAUGGAAAGUAUUUCAUAUGAAGUUUCUCAGAUGGAGCUCAGAUGGUCAGUUGAAGAACCGCCAAUCCAACAGGCUUCUACUUUGCAGUACCACAACGCCUACAUGGUUAAGAAUUAUUCUGGAGUAUGUGAACCACAUCAUACUUGGAGAGGUAAUUUCAGCUGUUUGCACGUCCUUCUAGUCUUCACCCGCGACAAAUCCUUUUAUUUCAGCACCGUUUUUGUGCCCGGAAUGGUACUGGUGACAAGUUCCUUCAUUAGUUUCUGGUUGGAUAUUACUGUAGUCCCUGCACGCGUUAUGAUAGGCGUAACCACUAUGUUGAAUUUCUGCACCACCACCAAUAGAUUCCGAUCAAACCUCCCCGUAGUGUCCGACCUCAAAGCUAUGAAUCUGUGGGACGGCGUCUGCCUCUUCUUCAUCUAUGUUUCCAUGCUGGAGUACGUUGUAGUGAAUUAUUUGCACAGGAAGUUACCAAGGAGCAGGCCUCCUUCGGCGCUUCCUGUACCCACAGAAAUUGUGAGAACUCCGAGUGGACAAAGCCACGUACGACAACGUCGUGGAAGUGAUGGAACUAAAACAAAUUCAGAAUCUCCAGGUUCAGAAACUAAUGAUUUAACACCACAGGAGACACCAGUAAUGACAGAUUUUUCACAGCAUCAAGCACCACAACCUCAACCACCUGGUCCACAACCGACUUUGGCACUAUGGGACUGGCUGAAGAGAACACAAAUAUUAAUCAUUGAAUCUUCCUCCAAACAGAGAAUUCCAGCUAGUAUCGACAAUGUGUCAAAAAUAGUGUUUCCUGUAUUAUUUGGAAUAUUCGUGUUUGGUUUCUUUCUUGCUCAUUCCAUUAUAUUACCAUCGCAGUCGGAAAAUUGGAAUCUUAUCAUAAAUGAAGAUUAUUAAAACAAAAUAUAGCAACAAAUUAUAAAAUAAAAAGAGCCAGCUUGCUGGGCAAGCAUAUUCUAUGCAUUCUACAAAUCAAUUUUGUUUAAUGCUCCGAAAAAUAUAAGAUUACACAGAUUAAAUCCACCUUCACUAUUAUAUAUAUAUCACUUGCCAAUGUUCAACAACGAAUACCCCAUGCUCAUAGUUUGUGAUACAUGGCAUAAUAAACAAUUUUCGGUGCCUACUGUAUUGAAAUCCGGAAGACACAUUUCACAAUAUAUGUGCCUUAGUCACAAACUGUGUAGUGUGUUAUAUUUCAUACUUUUACUAGUUUUCAUUGUAAAUUUAUUCAUUUAUAGAUAUUUAAAUUAUUGUGAAAUUCUACAUAAAUUUUUAUUUUUUUUCUUAUAUUUAAUUCUACAAAUUCUGUGUCAA